CAAAUGGUCCCCAAGGGCUAUUUUUAAGAUUAACAAUCAGUUGUUUUCAUCUACACCACUGUUUCUUUGUAUCUUUCCAAUUUCUACUAAUCAUCUUGUAUUUGUGAAGAACUUUUUGACCAUUAUAUUCCGGCAUAGAGCAUGUCGAAUCAGUGGUGGACCGGACAAGCUAACCUAGCCGGAAUAGAGCCUUCAUCAGGCGGUUCUUUGGCUCUAAAGAAGCCAGAUCUGGGAAUAUCAGUAAACGAGAACCAUACAGGAAGCGAAGAAGACGAGAGAGACAACAACAGCGAUGAUCCAAGAGAAGGGGGGAUCGAGACAUCAAACAGGCGGCCUAGAGGCCGUCCACCCGGCUCCAAAAACAAGCCAAAGCCACCGAUUUUCGUUACCAGGGACAGUCCCAACGCGCUUCGCAGCCAUGUCAUGGAGGUGGAGAGUGGGACAGAUGUGGCUGAGUGUAUAGCUCAGUUUAGUAGGAGAAGACAAAGAGGGGUUUGUGUGAUGAGUGCUAGUGGGACAGUCAUGAAUGUAACCCUAAGACAACCUACAGCUCCUGGCUCAGUCAUGGCCUUACAAGGGAGAUUUGAGAUUUUGUCCCUCACAGGAGCGUUUUUACCAGGUCCUGCACCACCUGGCUCAACUGGCCUGACUAUUUAUGUCGCGGGGGGUCAAGGUCAGGUCGUAGGUGGGAGCGUGGUGGGCACGUUGGUGGCGUCAGGACCAGUGAUGGUAAUAGCAGCAAUGUUUUCCAACGCCACAUAUGAAAGACUCCCGGUUGAGGAAGAAGAGGAGGGAGAUAGUGUGGUGCAGGCUGGGAUGGGAAGUGGUGGCGGGUUGGGUGAUCCGAUGCCUGGGUAUAACUUGCAGCCUAAUUUGAUCCCCAACGGCGGGGGUCAAAUGAACCAUGAAGCAUUUGGAUGGGCUCAUGGCCGGCCUCCAUAUUAGAGGUAAAUUUGAACAAGAAUAAUCUUAAUAUUAUUGCUAUAAUUAAUCUUUAAUAAGGUUUUAUGUGAUGUUAAAGUAUCAGUUAUGUUAAAGAUCAUGAUCAGGAAUUCAGGAUGUAUGGAUGAAAAGAAGAAUUAAUCACAUCUCCUGAUGUGUAUAUUUUUGUUGUAUUUUGUGUUAUGGGGAAGGUGCUAAAGCUUUGGAAGAGUGAAAUAUAUAUAUAAAACUUGCUACUUGUAUUUUCACUCAUUUCAGCGUAUUAUAUUAUGCAUUUCUAUGCCCUUCA